ACGGGCCCUGUUCAAACGGCAAUGCGCAAUGUUAGAGCGGAGAGGAAGGAGCCCCCAGGGCUGAGAGCACGGGGCUGGCACUGGGAGGGCCUGGGUUUGCUGCCCGGACUCCUUGCACACCACGGGUGGCGCGUCUUUGCUCUCCGCGUGCGUAAAACAGGGCUAAGCAAGACACCCCUCUCUCAACCUGCCUCCUCUGGGGUGGAGCGUACGCAGCCCCUGCCAGCGCAGCGGGGCCCCUCUCCGCCUCUAGCAGCCCGAGGUACAAGGAUGCUCAGCAGGUGCGAAGGAAAAGGCCCCACGCCCCUUUUUACAGCUCGUUUCCGAGCCGGCUAGCGCAGGUUCCUAGGGGAGCGAAUCUCCCUUUCUAUUCCGCGCUGCCCAGGCCACACCUCAGUCGUGUCCCGCUGCAGGCUGCAAUGAAAAGGGCUGGGGACACGUGGUCGCAGCCCGGGUCAGUCCCCCGCGCCUGGAGAAAAGGGAAGGAGGAGGGUCGGCCCUGAGCGGACGCCAUGUCUCAAGCCGAGUUUGAGAAGGUGGCAGCUAUGGUCCUGCAGAUGAAGAUCAAGGUCACCGAUCAAGAGCUGCUGGAGAUUUACAGUCUCUACAAACAAGCCACCAUUGGCGACGUCAACAUCUCCUGUCCCUGCGCGAUGGAUGUCAAAGGCAAGGCCAAAUGGGAGGCCUGGAACGGGCGCAAAGGGAUGAGCAAGGAAGACGCCAGGAAGAAUUACAUAACCCGAGUCCAAGAGCUCAAGAACAAGUACGGCGCGUAAAUCAGAGCGCGUGCUGGGGUCUGGUCCCCCCAGCAUGGGUCACUUCGUCCCCUCGUAUGCUUCCUCUUUGCCCUCCCCUUCCUUUUGACCAGGCGUGCAUCUGCCAGGCUAAUAAAACUGCCUUCACACUC